CUGGAGCGCUGCCGAGGUCACGAGUCAUGUGACAGCGCUUUGCAGAGGAACCUGUCAUUGGAACCUUCUCUGUACAGCGGUGGAACUAAUCCGGCAGCCCAUAAACCCAGGCGUGGAGAUUGAUCCUGCGGGAGAAAGGGGUUCGUCAUGGCGGAUGACCUGAAGCGAUUCCUGUAUAAGAAGUUACCGAGUGUUGAAGGACUCCAUGCUAUUGUUGUGUCAGAUAGAGAUGGAGUACCUGUUAUUAAAGUGGCCAAUGAUAAUGCUCCAGAACAUGCUUUGAGACCUGGUUUCUUAUCUACUUUUGCCCUUGCUACUGAUCAAGGGAGCAAACUUGGACUUUCAAAAAAUAAAAGCAUUAUAUGUUACUAUAACACCUACCAGGUGGUUCAGUUCAAUCGUUUACCUUUGGUGGUGAGUUUCAUAGCCAGCAGCAAUGCCAAUACAGGACUAAUUGUCAGCCUAGAAAAGGAACUUGCCCCAUUAUUUGAAGAAUUGAUAAAAGUUGUGGAAGUUUCUUAAUGUGACAGUGGCUUCUGAUGAGUGUCUUGUCUUCAUUGUAACAACACAAUAUCAAUCCAGCAAUCUUUAGAACACAAUAAUACUUUUAUCUAUGUACUCAAAAAGGCCCCUUUUUCCCCACCUUAUACUAAAGAAAGAGGCUAUAAUGUAUAGACAGAUCAAUUGUUAUAUUUACUUGCAUAAGGUCUUUUCUUAUUUAGUGAGAUCUUGGGAUACCACAGAAAUGGUUCAGUCUAUCACAGCUCCCAUGGAGUUAGUCCAGUCACCAGAUAUAAAUGAGAUUCUGUUCAGUGGAUCAGAAUCAAAAUGGUACAUUGAUCCACUUGAGCCAUUAUGUGCUCCCUAUUGUACAAUACUCCCAGGCCUGCAAGAACGCAGCAGACCCUUUUUAUUGUGAAUAAUAAUGACAUAUUUUUCUUUAUAUUGUGUUUUAUUUCUUUACAUUGAGUGUGGAGGAAGACAAAAUGGCUUAGUAAAAGUAAUAAAAUCAGUACAAUCACUAACA